GUACCCGCCCGAGUACCUUAUACGUACCUAAAAGUACUUUAAGGUACUUCAGUACCCGAAAGUUCCUGUGACAUACUAGUAGCAGGGUACUUUUUCAGGUACCCUUAGCUCAGUACAUUCACUAGGGAUAAGGGUUGCCACAUUUUUCGCUUUUUUAAACUUUUCAAGGUGGCAAUCCUAAACUGAUAACAAAAGAUGCUUUUCCUAUUGAUUAUACUAACACUUCACCAAUAUUUCAAUUGUUUCUCCUCUUUCAGAAGGUCGAGAUCCUUUAUCCGUUGAUGCUAUUCUCGACAAAUCAUCUACACGAGAAACAACGAACAAAGAACUUAACAAAGAAAAUUCUCAAAGUAGUAUAACUCUGCUCGUUUCUAAACUAUAUAAUAUGUUUAACUUAAACGAUUAUUCAGGUAUGAACGACUAUGUACCAUUAUUCCAUCCAAGAAUGUCAAAAGCUCUUGAUCUCUCUUUAAAUAUGGCUACAUCGGAAUUUGCUUUACAAUCAGGGCGACAACCAACAUCACAACAACUACAAGCAGCGGCAGCACUCAAUUUUCUCCAUGCCAAAAAUUUUUUUGAACUCACUGUUGAAACUGCACGAAUAAAAGAAAAACACUUGGAAACAGAAAUAACCGAAUUACGAUCUGAACUAUCGAAAGAACAAGAAAACCGAAAAAGGCUCGAGCAUGACAUUAAUGAUUUACGCAGAAUUAGAGGCAUUUUAAUCAAAAAAUUGAAACGUCAGAACAAAAAUUCUACUAAACAGUUUUGUGAAUCAUCAAACAGUAAUGGUAAAGUAUCAGUGACGGGAAUUGAUGAUGAAAUCGACACGGAUGUGGAUAUUGAAGACGAGCCAAUAAAAUCAGACGAGACCACAGAAACAAUAACAGCAAGUGAAACCUUACAAGACGAAGUUGAAGACAGUAAUAGGAUGCCAACAUCACCUGAUUUUCAUACGAUUCAUGUGUUUAUUCAACCACCUAAAUCAGAAUUAAUUGCUGGCAAAUUAACAAAAAUGUUGAUUGGUACACGAAAUAAUGGUUCGCAAAAUUUCGUCGUUGAAAAUGUUGAAGCAUCAUUUCGUUAUCCUCAAGAUUUUACCUACUAUAUACAAAAUUUCUCAACAAUUCGAUACGAAAAAGUGUUAGAACCCGGUUAUGAAUCAACAUUUGAAUAUACAUUUGUUCCGAGUGAAACGUUCAAUUCCCGACCAAUGGAUUUUGUUGUGUUACUUAAUUAUCGAAAUAGUGAAGGAAAACGUUUUCAAAAUGCAGUAUUUAACAAUACAAUCAAUUUCAUUGAAGUUGAUGAAGGAUUCGAUGGAGAAACAUUCUUUUUAUAUGUAUUUCUCGGUGGUAUUUUAUUAUUAUUAGCCGUGUUAGGCUAUCAGUUUUUUGUAUCGUGGCGUCCAAGACGUGGUGGAAGUAAACAAAUAUCAAAUAACGCACAGACGACAAGUCAAACAAAAGGAAGUUAUGAUUUAGAUUGGAUACCAAAACAUCACUUAGUACAAAAUCGUUCUCCAAAAAAAAGUCCACGUCAACGUAAAUCCCGACAAUCGGCACAAACUGGAGCAACACUGUCGAGUGAAAAUGAAGAUUAG